UGUAAGAAAUCUGAGAUGAGUUUUGAGCAAAGCCUUUGACCACGCCUUCCUCUCAGCUGACUGACAAAUUAAGCGGCUAAGCAUUUGCCUUCCUAUAAAGAUCUUACUACUCGAUCUAAGCCCCCCUCUCCUCUGUACACUGUUAAUUUUCUCACUCACUGACUGACCAAGCUAGCUAAGCUAGAGCAGAAGAGCGUAGUGCAUCCAGAGAAAAGAAGCACGUACGCCAAGAUUGGAGUUCAGUUCAUGUUCAUCAUGAGUUGCCGAAGGACUUCGAGUCUUCUUGUGAUCGCCUUGGUCAUCUCCUUGCUCUUACUUGACCGUCCCAUUGCUCACGCACGCCAUUUGAAGAACACGUCCAUGUCGAGCCGUGGUUCAUCAACAGAAAGAGGAUUAGAAGAUUCAAAGAAGAAGCUCGAUGAGGAGAAGACCAAGAAGGUUGAAGCCGUGCAAGUUGGAUCAAACUCUGUCCAUGGAGGGAGCCCGGAUGUUCAUCAGUUUGCGAAGAUAGUAGUGGUUGAACGCCGGGGACCAACGCCUCACCCUAAGAAGCACAACUUAUGAGUAUAGAUAGCCAAGAUAGAUGGAUAUAUAGCUGCCAAGUUCAUCCCGCUGUAUCUAUUUUGAUUUAGACUAGCUUUUCUUUUUCUCAGUUUUAUCUUUCUCUCCCUAGGCUAAGAUAGGAGAGGAGUGACCAAACUCCAUAGAUCAUAGCUAGUAGUGUACUACUUUCCAGCAGCACGUCGUUGAGAAAUUAACCUCAAUAAAGAUGUCACAUAUAGCAUCUUUUCAA